AUGGAGAAAUUGACGAAGAAGUUCAAGAUUUUCACAAAGCAGAAAGACAGUAAACAGGGACAUACGAAGGGAACGUACAAGAAGAAUGUUCCAGUGAAAAACAACAAUGAUAAUGUAGUGAAAAGAGCAAGUCAAUUUGGCGCACGAGAUGUCUAUCAAAACAGGUCAUCAGUGAGCUCGGACAGCUGUCAGUACGGCAACGAAGCUAAUCAGUUUCAGUCAAAUGCGUCUCUCGCCUCAACUUCAUCUUACAACUCUGACAGGCGAUCCAUCGCUUAUCAGCACCAGCGCUCAAACUCUCAGAACAGCAGCCAUUUUCUGGAAGAUCGGCUCCCGGGCGGCUGGGACGUCGCCUUCACCGACGACGGUCAAAAGUACUUCGUCGAUCACAACACGAACACAACCCACUGGAAUCUCCCGCUGGAAAGUGAGUGCCUCCCGCCCGGCUGGGAAAAGGUCACCUCGAGCCAGCACGGCAGCUACUAUGUCAACCACCAAAAUGGAAAGGCCCAGCAACAUCCGCCCGUGUACUUCGCGAAUUCCGCCUCAGCAGGUCUCGGUGGAAUGUCACAUCACAGGGACGCCGCUGGAAACGGAUCGAGUAAUGGAAGGAAGUUUUCAGUAAGCUCGUUGCCCAUGACCGAACCUGACGAGAAAUUCACCGAAUGGAUGGAGCGGAGAAUCGAAACGGAAAAUCCAACGCUGUACACGCCAAUACCUGAAUUCUUAUCGGUUUAUGCAAAAACGACGGACCCGGGCGCGCUCGCCCUCUUGAACUGGAACCACUUCGACGAAGUUGAACUCGAAUCGAGAACGGGCCUAAUUUUUGAAUACGUGCAUAAAUUUUAA